AUGCUCGCCAACAACUCGGCACGGGUGGUCACCAGCCCUGGGACAAAGGGGAACAUCCUCACCACCCAGCUGGCGGGCUCCCUGGCCAUCACGGUGGCUACACGGCAGGGGAGCCUCCAGUGAGGCUGGGAAGGGGGGGCCCACCUGAACCCAGCGUUCUCCCUUGCCACGCGCCCACUGGACCAGUUUCCCUGGUGGAAGUUUCCCAUCUUCAUGGCCGUGCAGACCUGGGGCUGUUUCAUCUCCACCGGAGCCAUCUACACCCUCUGUUCUGGCACCGUCUGCCGCUACAGCAACGGGACCCUCACUGCCUCCAGCCCCCAGGAAACUGCCCCCACCUUUGCCACCUACCACUACCUGUCCCUCUCCAACAGCUUCUUGGACCAGGAGGGUGCUGGUCCCCACGGGGUGGGCACGGCACUGCUGAUCACGGGCAUCCCAGACACCUGCAACAAGGGUGUCCCCAAGGACCUGGAGCCAGUGGCUAUGGCCCUGCUGAUGUUCUCCAUCGGGAUGGCCGUGGGCUUCAACUGCAGCUGCCCCAUGAAGCCCAUGCAGGUGUUUGGGCCCUGGCUCUUCACCUACAUGGCAGGUUGGGACACAGAGGUCUUCUUCAGGGGAAAUAGGUGGUGGUGGAUGCUGAUGGUGGCACCGCUGCUGGGGGUGGCUGUGGGCUCAGCCCUUUAUCAGCUCCUGGCUUUACAUCACCUGGCAGAGGAGGGCGACCCACCGAGCUGA